UUAUUUUCAUUUUAUAUCUUUUUGAGCCAACAUCAAUACGCGCCAUGAAGAAAGCAAUAGUAAUAUUUUUCGGAGUUUUGUGCGGAGUUUUUGAUUUUCAAAAAAUCGGAUCCCUUCUCGUUGGAGCUGAUUCCUACUUAGACGCGUACAAACAAUCACAAAACGAGAAGCUGGAUGCUGCAGUGACGAAGAAAGGGAAUAUCAAUAGGGAAUACACUGGAGAGUACCCUGCGCCGUAUCAGUACGGCCCACCUACACAACCAGUUUCGAAUUACGGUCCUCCUGCACCUCAAUAUGGAGCACCAGUAUACGGACCACCAAACCCAGCACCACCACCUCCACCACCGGCACCACAACCGGUUUAUGGACCACCAGCUCCAAUUUACGGACCACCCCCGUCCUCUGUUCAAGUCUUUUAUGGAGUCCCACACGCUCUAGACGCUCUAGGAUCCUUCUGGGAAAAACUCAAGUGGAAACUAGAUCUUUUUACGUUGGGAAAAAUUUUACUGAAGCUGGUCUUAUUUAAGAAAUUUGUCAGUUGGGUGGCACUUUUAUGUUUACUAUUUUUCAUUCCUGCUUUGAAGAAUAAGUUUGGGAAUAAUGGAGGAGGUGAAGGUGAUCUAAAUUAUAGGAGUAUAGGAAGGAUAGAUGACAAAGAAUUGGAUAUGCUUUACAACACAAUCUACAAAGCUAUAGACCAAUUUUCUCUUACUCUAGACGACCGAACAAUAACAAAGAAGAAGAUUAAUUCCAGGUAGCCAUAGACUGACUUAAUAGUAUUAUGUUCUAAUUUAUUUAUUUAUUUUAAAUAUUAAGUUUAUUAUGUAGUAAAAAAUACGAAAAAUGA